GUGAAGCAGUGGACUGCUGGCCGCGGAUUGGCUGCGCUCAGCGGCGGGCUGAGCAACUGGAAUGAGGAGAGCAGUUGGGCCAAGAUGGCGGCCGCUGAGGGCCUCUCCGGCGAUGGUGAUCUGUGGCAGACCUGGCUUCCUAACCACGUCGUGUUCUUGCGACUCCGGGAGGGACUGAAAAACCAGAUACCAGUCGAGGCUGGGACAUCGGCAUCUUCAUCAUUGCCUUCGUCGCCGCCGCAGUUGCUGACGAAAAACCUUGUCUUAGGCCUCAGCGGAGAACUCUUCCUGUGGGACGGAGAAGGCAGCUCUUUCUUAGUGGUUCGCCUUCGGGGCCUCAGCGGCGCGGGUGAGGAGCCCAACUUCUCCCAGUACCAGAAAUUGCUUUGCAUAAAUCCGCCCCUGUUUGAAGUCUAUCAAGUCUUGUUAAGUCCAACACAACAUCAUGUAGCACUUAUAGGAAUAAAAGGACUUAUGGUAUUAGAAUUACCCAAAAGAUGGGGGAAGAAUUCUGAAUUUGAAGGUGGAAAAUCAACAGUGAAUUGUAGUACCACUCCAAUUGCUGAGAGAUUUUUCACCAGUUCUACCUCUCUGACUCUAAAGCAUGCUGCCUGGUAUCCAAGUGAAAUGCUGGAUCCCCACGUGGUGCUGUUAACAUCGGACAACGUAAUAAGAAUUUACUCUCUACGUGAGCCCCAGACACCCACUAAGGUCAUCAUACUUUCAGAAGCAGAAGAAGAAAAUCUAUUACUCAACAAAGGAAGGGCAUACACCGCAUCUCUAGGAGAGACAGCAGUUGCAUUUGACUUUGGGCCACUGACAGCAGUCCCGAAGAAUAUAUUUGGACAGAAAGGCAAAGAUGAAGUAGUGGCAUACCCACUGUACAUCUUAUAUGAGAACGGGGAGACGUUCCUUACAUACGUCAGUCUGUUACACAGCCCUGGGACCUUCGGAAAGCUGUUAGGUCCAUUGCCCAUGCACCCUGCAGCUGAAGAUAACUACGGUUAUGAUGCUUGUGCUAUACUCUGCUUACCCUGUGUCCCCAACAUCCUAGUGAUUGCUACUGAGUCAGGAAUGCUGUAUCACUGUGUUGUGCUGGAAGGGGAAGAAGAAGAUGACCAAACAUCAGAAAAGUCCUGGGAUUGCAGGGCCGAUCUCGUUCCUUCAUUGUAUGUGUUUGAGUGUGUUGAGUUGGAGCUUGCCCUGAAGCUGGCAUCUGGAGACGAUGAGCCCUUUGAUUCUGACUUUUCUUGUCCAAUCAAACUUCACAGAGAUCCCAAGUGUCCCUCCAGAUAUCACUGUACUCAUGAAGCUGGUGUACACAGUGUUGGGCUAACUUGGAUUCAUAAACUUCAUAAAUUUCUUGGAUCAGAUGAAGAAGAUAAGGAUAGUUUACAGGAGCUUGCUACCGAACAGAAAUGCUUCGUAGAACACAUCCUUUGUACGAAGCCAUUGCCGUGCAGGCAGCCAGCUCCGAUUCGAGGAUUCUGGAUUGUCCCUGACAUUCUGGGGCCCACGAUGAUCUGCAUCACCAGCACCUACGAGUGCCUCAUAAGGCCUUUAUUAAGCACAGUCCAUCCAGCUUCUCCUCCCCUCCUUUGUACCCAAGAAGAUGUGGAAGUGGCAGAGUCUCCCCUCCGAAUUCUGGCUGAAUCCCCGGAUUCUUUUCAAAAGCAUAUCAGAAGCAUUUUGCAACGUAGUGUUGCAAAUCCAGCAUUUUUGAAAUCAUCUGAAAAAGAUACAGCCCCUCCUCCCGAGGAAUGUCUUCAGCUCAUCAGCAGAGCCACCCAGGUGUUCAGAGAGCAGUACAUUCUCAAGCAGGACCUGGCAAAGGAGGAGAUUCAGCGAAGGGUCAAAUUACUGUGUGACCAAAAAAAGAAACAACUAGAAGAUCUCAGUUAUUGUCGAGAGGAAAGGAAAAGUCUGCGGGAAGUGGCUGAGCGCUUAGCUGACAAAUAUGAGGAAGCCAAGGAAAAACAAGAAGAUAUCAUGAACAGGAUGAAGAAAGUACUUCACAGUUUUCAUUCUCAGCUCCCAGUUCUCUCUGAUAGUGAGAGAGACAUGAAGAAAGAAUUACAGCUGAUACCUGAUCAACUGCGACAUUUGGGCAAUGUCAUCAAACAGGUUACUAUGAAAAAAGACUAUCAGCAGCGAAAGAUGGAAAAGGUCCUGAGUCCUCAAAAACGCACCAUCACACUCAGUGCCUACCAGCGAAAGUGCAUUCAGUCCGUCCUGAAGGAGGAGGGUGAACACAUAAGACAAAUGGUGAAGCAAAUUAAUGAUAUCCGAAAUCAUAUAAACUUCUGACACCAGCGGGAAUGGAUUUACACCUGAAGUUAACACAAGUGAAGGCUUAAACUCAUAUUGUAAAACAAACAGGUAGCAUUAUCUAAUUUAUAAAGAGGCAUUUUGGAUGAGCUUUGGUGUGGUUGUUCAUCAUUUUUAUAGUUUGUUUUAUAAUUACUGAAUAAAUGCUUUUAUUUAAAAAUCGGAAUGUGCUUUUUAUAUAAGUUCGAGUUGAUGAUUGUAUUCAGCAAGGGCCUAGGAUUUUUUUAAAAAGUCGCCAACGUUCAGCUGCACACUGCCAGGUCUCCAUGAACCCUAAUGAGUUUUCUCCAUAGUUGAACAAGCAAGAAUAAGAGCUGCAUUUUAAAGUAGCAGUACCAGAAAUAGGACUCCAGAGAGGGACAGGACCUUAGGAUUCAAAGGAAAAGGCCACACAAUAUACUAAGCAGCAGCUUUUUUAAUUUGAACACUUUCUUCUUAAGGACACACCUUCAGUACAGUUAGUAAAUGGUUACAUCUGAAAUCUGCUUAGAACUGAGCCCAGGAUCCACAGUUGUAAGGCCACUGCUGGAUCACUUCCUCAAUAGGCAGUAUUACCUUUCAGAGCUAAGUUUGGCUGUGCACUGUGUCCUGAUAUGUGUUACUGAGCGAGUAUGGGGUAAGUAGGACUUCAAAGGGAGAAAGAAACAAAUAACUUGGUAUGCAGCACAUGGUUUUGUCCUCAGUUAAUCUUUUUAGACCUGCCAAUAUGAGUUCUGAAAGGUAAUACCGUACCUGCCUAGAAAUGGCUGAGUGACUGCCAAUUAAAAGCCACAUGGUAAGGUAGGUUACAGGUAAGAGGUAAAUCAGGUUAGACAUGCGUGAGAACGUGUGUACAGACUGAAUACAAGCACAGGAACACUCGUGAAACCCAUGGUCUUUUCUUUUGUCCAGACAGGCUAAAUCCUACCUUCUAAAUCAGUUUCCCAUUAAUAGAGAAAACCCAGUUUAAAGUGUUUCCUACCAGGAUAGUGUCACAGUGGUUUGUUUCAUACCAGAAGUAGAUUGUUAACAAAACCUAGAAUCUCACUUUGGGUUUUCCUAGGAUAUUUUUCAACAAAGUGGGUUCUAACAGUUUGCGUCUGCCAUGGUCGAGACCACGGUGCUCUGAUCAUGAUUUUAUUGGCCCAGGACCAUCUUAAAGAGAAAAACAUCUGCAGGGUCUCAGGGCGCUGUAGUUCAGUUCAGGAAGGUUAUGAAUUACCCAUCCUGACUUACAUCCUGACGGUGCCAGUUUUGGUAAUCUCAAACAAAUUAACUCAGGAUUUAUUCAAAGGACCGGUCUUAUGUAAUCUAAACUGAUUGCGUUUUGGAAUUAAUAAAAUUCCCUGUAACUCAGUGAGGAUGUAUGUAUGUUUGCUUUAAACCAAAUAGCACUUUAUACAAAGGGACUUGAAACCAAUUAAAAUGUUUCAUGCAUGGCAAGCCGAUAGCACUAUUUCCAUAAUUAGUAUUUACCUUUAAAUUCAUAAUCAUGAAUGCAAGACUACAACAAUAACCCAAGGAAUGAGGUAUGUAGUCCUUACCUUGUCCCAUGGAAGACACAAGUAAAGAUCUUUAGGGCUAGUCCAUAAUGACUUCAUUUAUAACGGACAAUUCACUUUAUAAACUGUAAGUUAGUGGCUUUUAGUGAGCCAAACAAUCUACUUAAUCCACUUAAUUCCCCAUAAGGUCCCUUCAAGUGCCCUGCUGUUUUAUAACACCAAUCACAAAAAUUAUUUGAAAACAGUUUUACUUUUGAGCCAUGUGUAUGAUGAGUUAACAGUGUACCUCCCACUGGCUAAUAGUAUGGCAGCAGGUAAACAGCAAACAGGAAUCCAUUCUUUGUGCUUUCUGCACCACUUCCUAAGGCCUCGGCAAAGGCGGCCUGUUCACUGAUGCUUAUUCCACAUGGGAAAGGAAUCUAACCUCACAGAAAUGACAAAGCAGAUUUCCAAACUUAUGAAGUUGGGUUUUCCCCAACUUCAUAAGCAUUAUCACACUCCAGAUCUAAAUUAUAAAAGUAAAAUACAAAAUAGGUAUGUCAAACGUGGUUAUCACCAUUUUUAUAUUUGACACUUUUGAAACAAACAUUACCUGGCCCACUGAUUUGAGUUAAAAAUAAGCAGCAGAUUUAUAAAUUUAUAAAUACUAGAUGUCAGCAUAGCUUGCUUUGUUAUUAUUUUUCCACUGAUCCAAUAACUAAAACAGUUUUCAAAGAAGUAGCUGGUACCAGUUCAGCUUGAUCCUGGUACCUGUGGGCCCACGAAAUUCAUCCAGGCAGCAGAAAAAGUGCUUCCAAACAGUUUCUUGUGCUUUUCCUUUAACCUCAACUUUCAAUACAUAUAGCCCCAGCCAAGUUUUCAAAUUCUCAUAAUUCAUUUCUUGAAUUGAUUUUGUUUGCCACCGUCUUAUGGUUCUCAGGCAAGUUUCAGUAGCAUUUAAGGUCCUCCAACACAAGAUAAAAUGGUUAAAAAAAAAAGCACUGAGCUAGGAAUUACAGUCACUAGCCAAUGGCCUGCUCUCAAAUUUCGUAUUUUAAUAUAAAAUAUUCAUACAGCAUAUUACACCUGUCUGCUAACUGAAUACUA